AUCUCGGAUUGCGCAUUAUUCAAAUCAUCGACCUUGCUCUCCAUCGAUUUGAUCAUAGUCUCUCGGUAUAAGAAUAAACUUCGAAAAUCCAAAACUGCCAACACCAUGGCAGCACCGGGCGGGAAGUUCUUCAUAGAAGACAAUCUCCAAAUCAAAGCAAAGCAUCAUGAAAGCUUCGAGCAGCUUUGGGAGACAAAAUGGAAACAGCCUGCUGAAAUGGGCGUCUACCCCUUCAUGUUCAGCACCGCAGCAGAUUUCGAGCCCGUCGUCAAAGAACUUGUCGCGAAAGGCUUCAAAGAACCCUACAACUGGGAUGAAUACGCCAAAGUGUACUUCCCGCAAGCAGAGCGCCUCGCGGAUGUAGCGCGGGAAGCGCAAGCCAAGGGCGAGAAAGAAAAAGCAUCCGAAUACUGGUUAAGAGCGAGCGCCGUGUAUAGAAUAAGCCGGUUCCCAGCACCCAGAAGCGAUGUUCAAAGAGAGGCGUGGAGGAUCGGGAAGGAAUAUGCCAUUACAGGACUCGGCCUCCGUCCCCACCCCGUCCACGAAGUCCAAAUCCCACACACCCACCGCCUCCCCAACGAAGGCCCCACAAUCCCAGCCUACCACCUCGUCCCUUCACACGCAACCCCCCAAUCCCCCGUCCCACUCCUCAUAAUCUUCACGGGGCUCGACGGCUACCGCACAGAACUCGCCGUGUGGAUGGAAGGCUGGCGCCAAAACGGCAUCGCAACGCUCGUCCUCGAAAUCCCCGGCACAGGCGACUGUCCCGCGGAACCAUCCGACCCCAAAUCCCCAGACCGCCUCUACGACUCGCUCUUCGCAUGGACAGACACACACUCGUUAAUCGACAAGACAAAAAUCGCCAUCUGGGCAUUCAGCACGGGCGGCUUCUACGCCAUCCGCGUCGCGCACACGCACGCAUCCAAACUCGCGGGCGUCGUCGCCCUCGGCGGCGGCUGCCACUACAUGUUUUCCCCCAAAUGGCUCGCCGCCGUCAACCACCUCGAAUACCCCUUCGACCUCGCCGACACGCUCGCCUACAAGUGGGGCUACGGCUCCGACGUCGCCGCCUUCACGCGCGACGCCAUGGCAAAAUUCUCCCUCCUCAACGACGGAACCUUGGAUACGCCUGAGUGCGCCCGUCUGCUCCUCGUCAACGGCACCCACGAUGAGAUCUUCCCCAUCGACGACUACUAUCUCGCGCUCAUGAGGGGCGGGGUCAAGGAGGUUAGGUUCGUCGAGGGCGUCAAGCACAUGGGGGAGCCCAUGAGCUUUUUUGUUAUUUUGAAGUGGUUGUAUGGCGUUUUUGGGGUCGAGGGCGCAGAUGCGGUAAAGCAGAUGCAGACUUUGCCUUUUAAGCCAAAGUAUUGA